AUGUAUGAAGGUGAGCUUUUUGAGCUGGUGGCGUGCUGUGGGAUACUGUUCAUGUUUGAAAAAUUUCCAAAUACCUACUUGCUUGUUGGAUGUUGCAACGAAGAAGUCACCAACAAAUACAAGGGCAAAACUGUUAUGACGGAGGCUGAACGUUAUGAAUCGCUUCGGCACUGCAAGUGGGUGGAUGAAGUAAUUCCAGAUGCGCCAUGGGUUAUGACACAAGAAUUUAUUGACAAGCACAAGAUCGACUAUGUGGCUCAUGAUGCUCUUCCCUAUGCUGAUGCCAGUGGGGCUGGAAACGAUGUUUAUGAAUAUGUUAAAUCCAUUGGGAAAUUCAAGGAAACAAAACGAACAGAAGGGACAUCUACUUCAGACAUUAUAAUGAGGAUUGUCAAAGACUACAACAACUAUGUUUUGCGUAACUUAGAUCGGGGGUACUCGAGGAAGGACCUCGGUGUGAGCUAUGUGAAGGAAAAGCGAUUAAGGGUGAAUAGGAGGCUUAAGAACCUUCAAGAGAAGGUAAAGGAACAGCAAGAGAAAGUUGGUGAAAAGGUAUAUCAACUCAAUGUUGCGAAGACUGCUACUAUGCAUCGAUAUGAGUGGCUGGAAAAUGCUGAUCGCUGGGUUGCUGGAUUUCUGGAGAGGUUUGAAGAAGGUUGCUACAAGAUGGACACAUCCGGUCGUGAUCAAAUUCAAGAGAGGUUAAGCGGUCAGCAACCACGAGAGUGUUCACUUCUGCAACAAAAGGGGAAAAGUGAUCAUGAGGAGGGUGAAGAGUGUUAUUAUGAUGACUAUGGAGAGGAGUUUUGUUUUGCAAAUGACGGUGAAGGGUAUUAUUAUGAAGGUGGGGAUGACAGUGAUGAAGAAGAAUAUUUUGUUGAGAGUUGCUAUACCAGCGAUGAAGAAUAUUUUGUUGAAAGUUGCGAUGAAGAGCGCCUUAAAAACGUGAAAGAUGAAAAAGAAAAGUAGGUCUGUUUACCGUGAUGGAACCUAUCCUUAGCGAAAUGUGUAUUAGUGGAUGAUGGUGCCACCUAUUUCAUUGGAGUAAUCUAUCUUUAUUAUCAUUCUAUCUACAAAAAGCUAAAGCACAAAAAUUGUUAGU